ACAACCUCUCUAUCUUCACAAGGUAGGGGUAAGGUCUGCGUACACACUACCCUUCCCAGACCUCACUGUGUGGGAAAAUACUGGAUAUGUUGUUGAAACUAAUUCUAGGAAAUUGAUAGGAUGUCUGCUUUGUUCUCCCUCAUAAUUCAACCACUAUGAUAAUUUUGACUUUCAUUAUGGCUCUAAUGUUUCUAUAUUUCAGAUAUUCGGAACAUGACAGAUUUAAUAGCUGCAAUCAUUCAGAGAGUGGGGGAUGACAUUGACCGGGACAAUCUUCCUCAGAUUCUGGUUGGAAUGCACUAAGUUCCUCUAUGAAGAUGAAGAUCAUGACAAGGUUGUAUUAGCGUCAGAUAGUGAUCUUACAGCAGCUGUUGACCAUGCAAGAUCUGCAGGUUGGAAGGAUGUAAGGACUGAUGACAGAAAUCAACCUGAACAGGGGCUAAAAUUGCAUCUGGACUAUUCAGGAACAACUGGCCAUCGGAGGGGUUCAAGCCCCAGUAGUUUGGAUUAUGCUCAUACAGAAUCUGCUUGGGCUUCAGCCUACAGCACUGUAGCAGCCGGUGCUGCAUUAGUUGCGGGUUUAGGCGUACUAGCAUUCUUAAGGAGAUCUGGUAACUGAUUAUUUGAAAGAAGUUACCACUUGAUAGACUGAGGAAUGGGAAUAGCACAUCGAUUCAUGUGAGCUUGAUCGGUUAAUUUGAUUUGAAUGGAUGUUGGUGCUAUGGUUGGAUGGUUGCUCUAUACGGGAAUCGUUUUACUUUUACCUUUUGCCUGCGUCCAGAUUUGCAGGUUGUGGUUUAUCCUUACGCCCUAUAACUCCCUUACCUUGGAGUAGUCUUCAACAAUGAACUGGCAACUGUAUUCAAUUUAUUGUGCCAACAGUGUCAGGAAUUCAAAUGUGGGCUGCGAUAUUUCUUACAGAAAUAAAAGAGAAAGGAAGAAGAAACAUAAGGAAUGCACUUAUCCUUCCUGUUCGGUCUC